UAAGCCCGCCAUUAAAAAAAGAAGAAGAAGAAGUGGCAUAUGUAGUCUCUUCUUAUGUUGCAUAUCUACUAUAUAUCUAAUGAUUUGCAGCCGAAUUAAUGUCAAACCCUCUGAAAUUUAACUUCUCCAACACCCUUUGGCCGACUGAUAUACCAAGAUUCCAAGUACAUAACCAGUAAUCCUCAUCGAUUUUUUUUUCCAAUUGCUUCUAUUCAGCUAUAUAUACACAUACAUACCAUAUAGUCUCUCCCAAGAACAAGCCAAGACACUUCAUUUAUAGAAAUGGAAAACUCAAUGAGCUGCAAACCAUUGUCUUCUUCUUCUAAUGAGAAGACAACUGAUGACAGUUUUGAAGAGAGUGGUUGGACUACGUACUUCGAGGAUUUCUUUGCUCAAAACAAUAGAGAGGACCGUGAUCAUGAUUUCAAUGAGCAUAGUUCUUUCUCAUUUGAUCAUGAUGGAAGUUCUUCGAUGGUCUCUGAUGCUGCCUCUUUGGCUGUGAUGAAGUCUGCUGGUGAUCAUCACGGGGAAAAAGUUGUUGGGUUACCUAUUAAUAACAAAAGUUUCAAAUACAAUUUAAGUCUCAAGAAAAGAAGAACCAAAGGAGCUUUGCUUGAUGAUGCUUUGGAGGAUACUGCUAGCUCUCCUGUUAAUAGUCCUAAGGUAAAUGAUGAUACGAUGAUAAGCCAAUACAAAAGGAACACAAAACAGAAAGAUAAAAUGGAAAUUUCACAGGACAAAGGAAGUGCUUCCAGCCAGAUAGACAUGAGAAGUGAUUUGGGUUUCAUUUUGAGGGAAAGUGACAGCACGGAACUGAAGAAAAGGGGUCUUUGCUUGGUUCCUUUGUCUAUGGUAGUAAAUUAUCUUGGUUAAAUCCACAUUUCCUCAGCAGCUCUCUCUCUCUCUCUCUCUCUCUCUCUCUCUCUCUCUCUCUCUCUCUCUCUCUCUCUCCACCCUAGCUGGAACCCUGUGGCCAUGGGAUUGAAUGAACGAAAAGUAUGUUUGGUUGCAUAUGAUGGGGUUAAGAUCCACCAUCAUCUGUGUGGCAUAUAUAUAUAUAUAUAAAAUAGUAUUAAUUUCAUGCAAAAUUGCUUCUCAUCAUUCUUUUGUGCACUAAACACAAAGGGAUUAUGCGAAAACGCAAUUUAAACCUAGAGAUAUAGAGGAGGAGGAAGCAUUUUUUUUUUUUUUUUUGGAUUAGAGGUGAUGUCGAACAAAAGUUGACGGAAGUGCUGCAAUUUUUAGGUAAAGUUUCCCACCUAUAUGCCAUCAUGAUGGAGUAUUAAGCAAUUGGCAUAAACAAGGUUUUACAAUGAACAAUGUUUCUUUCUAUUCUCUUCGAAUUGUACUGCUUAGCACAUCAUAGAGUUGUAUUAACGGGAAAUAAAUCAUGUAUUACCUACUUAUUUUUCAGCUCAUUCAAAUAAUUUCACCAUAAUUUUGCGUCUAAAAUGUUAAAGUUCAUUAAAAAUGAAUAAUUAGGUAUCUUAAUCUUGGAUGUAUAAUGUUUUCGAGCAUUGAGAUUAAGUUUUUCUUUUCAAUUUAUUAUAUUUUAA